AUGGACAGGAACCAGACUCCACCAGCCAACGGCCUCGGGCCGCGCCAUGACGCCUCCUCACGCAUCCAGAAACCAGAGUCCGCGGCCGACAGAAUGGCUGCCCUCAAGGCACGAGUGGCUGCUGCCAUCGACGGCAGCAAGGCCAAGGGAGGUCUCAAUGUAGGUCUCCAUCCGGCGCUGGAAGACCUGGGCCAAUGGAGACCAUCCCUUUCCACGUCGGCCGACCAAAAGCCGGGCGCUGGCCCGCCAUCACGGCUCCAGUCCGAACAAGCAAGGCUCUCCAUGAACAAGAAGAACACUUCCCUACGGAACGCGCAAGCUGGAGGCUCCGGAGUCAACCCCUAUCUACCACCGGCCGACUCGACCGUCCCGGCCGGGAAGCAGAGGAUGCCCCGCCAGCUCCUCUUCAACCAAAAAGGCAAAUACAUUCAACAGGCGAACGCCCUCCGAAGGCAAGCUGCCCUCGAAGCAAUGAAGAAGAGGAUCGCAGAGCAGACUAGGAAGGCAGGUAUAGACGAGGACCUCGGCGAGAAGAAUUUUGUCGUAGAGGCCCCUCCAGAAAUCGAAUGGUGGGACGAGGCGCUGGUUUCCUCGUACAACGUGUUGGAUGACCCCUCCUCGAUCAAAGCCGGCACCGAGGACAGCAUUGUGACAAACUUGAUCCAGCAUCCUGUGGCGCUGGAACCCCCGCAGGAAAAGAACACCCCAGCCCCGAAGCCCAUGUAUCUCACGUCCAAGGAACAGGCCAAGCUCCGACGACAGCGCAGAAUGGCAGAGCUCAAGGAAGAGCAGGCAAAGAUCAGACUAGGCCUUGUUCCCGCCCCUCCCCCAAAGGUCAAGAAGGGCAAUCUCAUGCGCGUGUUGGGCGAGGAGGCUGUCAAGGACCCUACCGCCGUCGAGGCGAUGGUGAACCAGCAGAUUGCUGAGAGACACCAAAAGCACUUGCAGACUAAUGAGGAGCGAAAGUUGACCAAGGAACAACAACACGAAAAACUCGCAGCAAACCAAGAACAGGACGCGGCCAAGGGCCUCCACAUCCUCGUCUUCAAGAUUGGAAGUUUGGCCAACGGCCAACACCGCUUCAAGAUCCACAAGAAUGCCGAGCAGCUGGCCCUCACAGGAGUCUGCGUCAUGCACCCAAAAUUCAACCUGGUCGUGGUAGAGGGUGGUCAAUGGAGUAUCAACAAGUACAAGAAGCUCAUGUGCAAUCGUAUCGAAUGGACAGAGAACACUCCUUCCCGAGAUGUCCAGCCAGCACAACAGAAAUCGUGGCUCAUGGCCGAAGACGAGAAGGGCACCCUCAGGGACAUGACCCUCAAUUACUGCAAACUCGUCUUUGAGGGCGAGGUCAAGGCCAGGGCUUUCAAGCGCUGGACUUCCAAGGUUGCCGAGACGGAUGGCGAAGCGCGUGACAUUCUCGCCCGGUCGAAGAUGGAGAACUUCUGGUCCCAGGCGAGGAGUAUGGCCUAG